AUGUGUGCUGACGGUUUGACCAAUGUCAGGAGGUUGAUUCAGGGUCUCAGGAAGUUACCAUGGCGGCUAUUCCCUAAACAAAGACGCCGGCAUGAAAGCAGGAUUCUCGACGGCGAGCCGAAAGCCUUCGAAGAACACUCAGAUCAUUUCAGUGCCACAAGCAUAUCAUACAACAAAGACACGUACACAGCAGUGAAAUACUCUCCACCAUCCGCGGGCUCAAGCUUCGAUCCUCCAUCGGUGCUCUGUCAAACGAGGACGCCGACCGACGUUUAUCCAAAUAGCACAGAUCAAACCACUCCACUCCAAGGGGGAUAUGGAACAGAUCCAAUCAAAGAAGUCGAUCCCCGUCAACGCGUGGCACUCCAAGUCUCAUCGGAAGAUAAUGACGGCUGGGUGUUUCCCGCUUUUAUAAUCACGGCAGACGGCCGUAAGGAGGGAGCCCUGAUGUCGUUGGACACUCAAUCAGGGACAAAUUUGCUAAGUGUCGAAAGGUGGAGAGAUCUAGGAUUAGCGCUCGAGCCAUACCAUGUCACUGUUCUUCCUCUGCAGAGUCGGUCCACGAACCCAGCUGGAAUCGCCACCAGAGGUAUUAUUCGCAACGUGGAUUGGCAUUUCGCGGGCGGCACAGCGACGUACAUGUCUGAUUUCUUGGUUAUUGACAUGACUGAAUAUGAUGCCAUUCUCGGCCAGGUGGACAUCAAGAGAUAUAGGCUUCUAGACCCAGGCCCUGGCCUUAGGCGCCCAGUUGAGGUUCGCGACUAG